UUUAAAACGAAUUAGCUCUUAGCUCAUAAUAUAUUUAAUAUUUAUAUAGAAUUUUGAAUAAAUUGUUAAUUCAAUGGCUUAUUUUUAACGUUUCAAUUCUUAAUUUUAUCCUUACUCUUUAAACUUUGAGUACUGAGCACUACUUAGGAAUUUAAAAUUAAUUUUCUCAUUCUACGUGUUACACUAGUAUUAGUCUCAUAGUCACAUUUUAAUUGAAAAAUGUCUUCCAAAGUAGUUCAAGACAAUUCUGAAAACUUCAAAAUUCUUGUAGCAACAGACAUACAUUUAGGUUUCGAAGAAAAAAAUUUGGUUCGAGCUGAUGACACAUUCAAUACAUUUGAAGAAGUGUUACAAUUAGCAGUUAAACAUGAAGUUGAUUUUAUUUUGUUGGCUGGUGAUCUAUUUCAUGUCAACCAACCUUCAGUAGCAUCUUUGGAAAGAUGCAUUUCCCUUUUGCGUUCUUAUUGUUUGGGUGACAAACCUAUAAAUAUGGAAUUUGUUUGUGACCAAGCUGAAGUAUUUAAACAUUGCAAUCAUCCCAUCGUAAAUUUUGAAGAUCAAAAUCUUAAUGUUUCAAUUCCRGUUUUUUCAAUUCAUGGCAAUCACGAUGACCCUUGUGGCUAUAGAGAGAUGUCAUGUAUGGAUCUUUUAAGCUCAAUGGGCUUAAUUAAUUACUUUGGAAAACAAACAAAUCUUCAAGAGCUUAAAAUAAAUCCUAUACUUUUAAAAAAAGGAUCAAAUAAAAUUGCUAUCUAUGGUUUGAGUCAUGUUCGUGAUGAAAGGUUGGAACGGUUAUUUAAAGAUAAAAAAGUAUUUAUGAAUCGCCCAUUAGAAGAUGUAGAUGAUUGGUUCAAUAUAUUCGUAUGUCAUCAAAAUCGUGUAAAUCGGCCAGGUACAAAAUAUUUAUCUGAAAAAUGUAUUCCAAGUCAUAUAAUGCUUACUAUUUGGGGACAUGAACAUGAGAGUUUAAUUGAUCCUUCUCAAGGGGAAUCAAAUUCAGGUUAUAUUUGUCAGCCAGGCAGUACAGUAGCAACAUCAAUGUGUGAAGGAGAAGCAGGUAACAAAUAUGUUGGAUUGUUAACUAUCAGCGGUAAACAUUUCAAAAUGGAACCACUGGAACUGAAAACUGUUAGGCUUAUGCACUUUGAAACAAUACGACUGUCAGAAUGUGAUGAAGAUGUUAGUACUUCAAAGAAAACUCAGGAAUUUGUUAGAAGGCAAAUUGAGGAUAUAUUAUUGAGAUUAAAUCUAAAAUAUAGCGGUCACCCUAAACAACCAAAAUUACCAUUAAUACGUCUCAGAGUUGAAUAUACUAAUGAAACUCAACAUUUUAAUAGUAUUCAGUUUGGUCAGGAAUUUCAAGACCGUGUUGCUAAUUCUAAUGAUAUGAUAUUAUUAAGAAUUGAAAAGAAAAGUGUUCAAAAAAAAGCUAAGUUCAUUGAUGAUCAAGUUCUUUCAAAUAUUAUGGAUGACGAAGAAAUGGAGAAAAUUGAACAUAUUGUUGAUCAAUAUUUUAGAACUGCUAAUGAAGAAAAUCAACUGGAAUUAUUAUCUGUAGAUGGUAUGGCUGAAGCGGUUGAUUGGCUUGUAAAUAAAUCACGUCCUGAUGCAAUAAAUAAAGUUGUUGAACAUCAAAAGAAAAAAAUGAAGAAUCAUGUUAUAAAACAAGAAGGUCUUAAUGAGCAUAACAUUUCAGAACACAUUAUUAGUUUUCAUAAUUCUCGCACGCAAAAAUCAAAAGAUGAAGCUAAUGAUGUUCGUGAAGUAUUGAUUUCCCAGCAAUAUACAACUCAAAAUGAUUCUGACAAUGAUUCAAAUAUUUCUCCUGUAAAAUCAGAUGACGAAGAAAUUAGUAAUAAUACUCCUGCAAGUACAGGUGUUCAAAAUAGCCGAGGGAAAAGAGGUCGUGGAAGCAGAGCACCUAGAGCUACUACCAGAGCUAGAGGAAGAGCAAGAGGCCAGACUACUUUAAAUUUUUAAAAAUAAAAUAUUGUCAAUAAUGAUUUUUCCCAUUUAAAUUGUAUUAUUAGUUUGUCAA